AUGACCACACUCAUUUUGAAUAUCACCCAGAUACAGUCAAACUUGAGUGAGGAGAUAAACGAUCUGCGCGUGAGUGUAGAAAAAAAUUCUAAAGAGAUAAAACAUCUGGAGAAGAAAUUUACGAAUGAACUUUCAAGAUUGAAGGAAGAGGAGAAAAUUCCCUAUGUCUUCACUGCACCCCUGCGCAAUCGUUAUUUCGCUGGUCGAAUUGAAGAAGUCCAGGAGCUCAAACGUAUUUUGAAAGUUGACCAAACUUCGAACGAAAAGAAAGUUCGUGUUGCAGCAGUAUGUGGUUUGGGUGGAAUUGGCAAAACAAGCUUAGUUUGUGAGUAUGCUCAUCAGAUGAAACAUUUCUACAAGGGAGGUGUGUAUUGGUUCUCUGCUGAAGAUGAUACGUUUCUUGACAACACAGUGAAUAACAUCGCGUUAAAACUUAAUACACUAAUUGGUUCAUUUGAUUUAACUUUGUCAAAUACCUUGAAAAAAAUUAGCAGCUCAAAUUAUCCAAGUCUUAUUGUCCUCGAUUGCUUGGAUCAACUGGAACUUUCGCCCAAAAUGAUGAAGUUUCUUUCCUGUCCUUCUCAAGAAAAUAUCUUUGCACAUUUUGUUGUGCUAACUAGACGGAAUCCACAACGACUGGUUAACGAAGUUUCGGUUUUUGAGAUUGAUUCUUGUCUUCAACUGAAAUGUUUCCAGUCUCAAGAAGCAAAACAGUUUGUUUUUUCCAGAACUAACGUGGUUCGUGAAGAUAAUGUCGAAAGUGACGUGGAAAGUCUUUGUGAAGAGCUGGGGAGACUGCCACUUGCUUUGGAACAAGCUGGAGGUUAUAUUCGAACACGCGGGUGUAGUUUCUCUAUGUAUCUAGAGCAAUAUAAAGCUGAACGCUUGCGAUUGCUGAAUCGGCAAUCAGCACGUGCUUCAGGUAACGACUCACCUGAACGUCUUGCCGUUCACACGACAUGGCUUAUCAAUAUGGAGUAUAUGAAGAAGAGCCCGGAUGGUCAGGCUGCUGUUCGAUUUAUGAAUGCUUGUUCAUUUUUCGAUGGAAAUGAGAUUGAAAAAGAAUUAAUCAACGUUGGAACACCCGAAGUAGAGGACGUCGCGUAUCGUAAAUGUGUGUCAUCGCCAUUGGGUUGCCUUGAGAUUUUAAAGCUGUUGACUGACUUUUCACUUUUUACGUAUGUUCAAGCGCACUCUGUCAACACCCAUCGUUUAGUCCAGGAACUAGUCAGAGAAAGUCUUAAUCCUGAAUCGAAAGCAGCGAGUUUCACUGACGCUGUGCGAAUGCUUUCUUAUGCAUUUUCUAACUGUUCUUCACCCAGUAGUCUUGUAAGCCCAGGUGAAAUGAAUGAUGAAGAACAAGAGAUAUCUUUCUCUGAUUUACCUACGAGUCCUUCUGUUUAUUAUAUGUGGUCUAAGUUUUGUAUACAUGGUCAUCAUCUGCGCAGUAAUAUGAAGGACCUGUUGAUAAGUCUCGACUCUGUUUGUUUAGACUCCGUUUGGUUUCCUGAAACAGCUAAAAUAUUUUACGAAUGUGCUGUUCAUUUGAGUGCAAAUCACCAGCAGGAAGAAGCAAAGCGCACUUUGAACUUUGCUUAUCGUAUAUUAGACUGGCUUUCUUUGGCAGAGUAUGAAACGAUGGAAAAGAAUGUUUCAAAUAAUUCCUUGUUUCUACUUUCUAUUCCUUUACCAAAGUCAUUUCAGAUCCUAAUUAAGAGAUGUUGUAUGCCUCCUUUUGUGUCACAUCGACCUCUACCUGAAAAUCCUGGUCCUGGAGCUAGCGGCUCUGAAUUGAAAGAGAAAAUUGAGAAAGUGAAAUUGGAUGGAAAUAAGAGUUUCAAAGAAGGUCGUCACAAAGAAGCAUUACACGCUUAUUCUUCUGCAAUUAAUUUGGCUCAAGAUUACAAUAAUGCUUUCUUCAAUCCCUUGUUGCUUACUAAUCGUGCAACGGUUUACAUAAAAUUAAAGCAAUUCGAAGAUGCUUUAAAAGAUGCGAAUGAUUACAUAACGCGCCGUCCAGAUUGCUGGAGGGGUUAUGCUAGAAAAGCUCUGGCACUUGAUGGCUUGAAUGAGAAAGUCAGUGCUGAAAUAGCUGCUGCUUUAGCUUUUUAUCACAGUAGAGCUAUAUUCUCAGACUUUUUACCAUUCAAAAAAUCUUUCGCGGCCCUGCAGAAACGAAUCUUUAUAUGUAAUUUUGUGGAUGAACUUCGAAAAGCGAUUUUUUCGAAGGAAAUAGAAGCGGAUUUGAUGAAGAUUUUGGUACUGGGAUCAGAAGAAUAUAUUCUAAAUUUUGAAAUUCCUGAAAUUUGGAACGACUGUAUUCUAGUUGGUACAAGAAAAAAUUGUUUGGUUUCUUUGAUGUCUAGGCAUAAUAUUUACUUGUUGAAGUGCAUGCUUACUAAUCUGUCGUUUCAUUUGAUUAAUAGCCAGCUGAUGUGUAUACCUGGUUCGUUCGUCAAAGUCUUUAACUGUAACUUUGCUGCGUAUGAUUAUGGUGAGGAAAUGGCUGCUGUAUCAACUUCUGGGGAAUUCAAUGCAGAACAUUGUAAUUUCACAAGCACCGAUGACGCAGGAUUAAUAUGUGCUGGAGCAGGUGAUGCGGUUGUUGUUGACUGUUCCUUUUGCAAUAACAGGAAAGCUGGUUUAGAAGUGCGCCAAGGCGGAACGUUGAUUGUGAAAAGCAGUCGCAUGUAUAACAAUGGUCAAGAUGGGUUAACGUUAAAUAGCGCGUCGAAGUGUGUCGUGCUUAAUUGUGAUAUGCACGAUAAUGAUCAUUCGGGAAUCUCUAUGGUGGACUCAAAGAAUGUCACGCUUAUACGUAAUAAUGGUUUUGACAAUCACAAUGAUGGAAUAUUCAUGAUUAAUUCUGAGGCAAAUAUCAUCGAGCUCAAGGAAAGGAAUUUUCCCCAUCUGUCGUUGAACUGA